GGCACCAGGUCAAAGGCGAGCCGAGCGAAACGGUCUCGUGCACGUAUUUUGGUUGUGAACUUAGAAAAAAAAUCAGAAUGAAGCUGCAGCGCGUGCUCCAAAACGCUUCCACAUUCAGAGAAGUGUUCGACUUCGGCGGUCGGGAGGUCGCUCAUUGGUUUCCAGGCCACAUGGCGAAGGGACUGCGGCAGAUGAAAGCCAGUCUCCGGAAGGUGGACUGUGUCAUAGAAAUCCACGACGCCAGAAUACCUUUCUCCGGGAGAAAUCCUCUCUUUCAGGAAAGUCUAAACAUCCGGCCGCACUUACUGAUAUUGAAUAAAAUGGAUCUAGCGGAUUCUUCAAGUCAGCAGGUAAUGUGGUGUUUUGUAGUCGCACUUAUGAGUAAACGCUGUCAGGCAUCCUGUGCACGUAAUGUUUAUCUAUGGAAAAGGCUGUGCUGCGGAGCUGUUGCGCUGAUGGGAGUUGUUUUUCUCAGUAUAAAUAACUCCAUGGAUUUGCCUGAAGGCACUAUGCACUUGGUCUCGCAGAGAAUUCUAAGAGGUCUGAAGAAAGAUGGUGUGAGGAAUGUCCUGUUCACCAGCUGCGUCCAGCACAAUGAUGAGAACCUGAAGAAGGUAGUCCCUCUUGUGACAGACAUGAUUGGAAGUGGCCCCCGCUUUCACAGGGAGGAGGAAUGGGAUUUCUGCCUAAUGGUAAUUGGAGUGCCGAAUGUUGGAAAGUCAUCGCUGAUAAAUGCACUGAGAAGAAUACACUUAAAGAAAGGUAGAGCUUCCAAAGUUGGAGGUGAACCAGGUAUAACUAGAGCAGUCCUAAACAGAAUCCAGAUCUGUGAAAGGCCCAGAAUGUAUUUGCUGGACACCCCAGGGGUACUUCCUCCAAAAAUUGAAAGUGUAGAGACUGGAAUGAAACUGGCAUUGUGUGGGACAAUUUUGGACCAUUUGGUUGGUGAAGAUGUCAUGGCAGAUUAUUUACUGUUUACUUUAAACAGACUGGGACAGUUCAGCUAUGUGGAUAAAUACAGUCUGGGGGAGCCAAGUGAUGACAUCCAUGAUGUGCUGAAGCGCAUUGCAGUAAAGCUGGGCAAAACCAAGCGGGUUCGAGCACUGACUGGAGUUGGUGAUGUGACUGUUAUGAUGCCAAACUAUAGUGCUGCAGCAUAUGACUUCAUCAGGGCCUUCAGAAGAGGAGAGCUCGGCAAGGUGGUGUUGGACUGAUUCCACUGUAUCAUACAACUUUCCUGACGUAUUUUAAUCAAAUACUCAUUAUAAGGUGUGAAUAGCAUGUAUAUAAUUAAAGCAUUUUUGUCUUAGGCUGA